AUGCCGACGAAACUUUAUAUUGGAAAUGUUUCUCCAUCCGUUAGUUCAACUGAAUUGAAAGAACUAUUUGAAAAGUAUGGGAAAGUUCUCGAAUGCGACAUUGUCAAAGACUAUGCAUUUGUUCAUAUGGAAGACGCCAGUAAAGCGAAAGCAUCUAUAGCAGCUUUAAACGAUUUUAAUUUGAAAGGCAGUCGUAUUAGAGUCGAGAUAUCAACGACACAACUUCGAAAUGCUGGUCGUUCAUCCCGUCGAGCAGAAUCUCCGCGAUAUGAAUCGGGAUCAAUGCGAUCAUCACGCAACCGUGAUUAUCCGUCGAUGUCAUCUAGUCGAAAUGGUGGUUAUUCAAGUGGCGGUGGUCCCGACCGAUCGUACCCGAGUAUGCGUAACAGUUACAUGGAUGCCCGAUCUCGUCCGUAUGAUUCACCUUAUGAUCGUCAACGUAUGCCUCCACCGCCUAUAAACUAUCCUGAUUUGUACAGUCGCUCUGGUGAUCCGUACAGUAUGCGUAGUAGUGGUGGAGAUCCGUAUGGUCGCGAAGGUUACUAUCAUCAACGAGCUCCGCCAAUACCUAUGCCUGAUCAUUAUGGACGUGGACCUCCAAUGCGGUCUGCUUAUGAUGCCUACGCUGGAUAUCCACCUGGACCGAGUUCAAUGGGGCCGCCACGAAGUCGCUAUGCUGCUUCGCCACCACCAUCGUCAUCGUCGCGUAAUGGAUCUGGUCGUUAUGGAUCACCGUCACGAUCUUCAUCGUCUCGUCGUCCUUCAAAAAGAUCGCCGCCGCCGUCGUCAAGUUCAUCCCGAUCGCGUCGAUAA